AUGAUAACCCGCUUCAUAACCGAAGUAACAACCCGCUUCAACCCUUUCUCAGCGCGGGCCAAAUCAGCACGGCUCUUCCUGUCCUUCCUUCCCGCCAAUGCGCGCGCCCAGGGCAUGAACGUCACGACCCAAUUGCUGCCUCGCUCGUCCACCGAGCCGAGCUCCCUGUACAUCAAGUUCAAGGACGGCAAGGAAAUGAAGCUCGACUGCGAAGCCAUGAACAUUAAGAGCAUCGUUGAGGAAGUGGAUCGGCACUCGCGCGCUCUGCAAAAGGCCGACGACCUGGCGAAUGCGUGA